AAACACUAAAUAUUUGACUCCUCGUUGACUCAUACUACCACAUAUUUGCAGGAUAAACAGAACGACAUAAUGGAUUCCAGAGUCUGGUUGCAACUCUCCUGGACAGACAACAGGUUUGCCUGGAACGAAGCUGAAUUUCCUGUUUCGGUUUUGCGCGUUCCAGCCGAAAAAAUAUGGAGACCCGACGUUUUCCUUUACAAUAGCCAUCUCAGAGCCAAGCCUAGUUUGAACUGCUACGCGGCCAAUGCACUAGUUUACCCCAACGGGAAGAUAUGGUGGGAGCCGGCUUGUCGACUUCAAACUUACUGCAACCUUACACUAGCCAGUGCACCGUACGACGAGCAGACUUGUGCUAUGAGGUUCGGUAGCAGAACCUUCGACGGGGCAAUGAUGGGUCUAGAGCUUUGGGAGCAGGGCAAUAGUACCUUGGCUGACGUAUCAUACUUUAUCAACCAGAAAUACAGAAUCACCAAAAAUGAAGCGAUAAAAGAAGAGGAAUUUUACGGAUGCUACAUGGAGCCCUGUCACACCGUUCUUUUCACAUUAGGCUUUCAACGAGUGUUCGAAGGAGGCCCGACUUGUGCGAACCAUUAAAAAAUAACCGGAUUAAAUACUUUUGCUAAAUAAUUGCUUGUAUUUGGAUACAGUACCUAAAAAUUUAAG